CAUGGCGAACGGGUGAAAAAUUUUGUUCAGAAGUGUAAAGUUGAAGAUUUUUACUCGAAAAGCUUUAUGAAAAUGAAUCAAAAAUGGUACAAACCCAAGUUCAGUGAGCAAUUUAUGUUGACGAGUAUCGCAAUUGUGAUAAUUAGCUUGCUCCAAGCAGCAAAUACGCAACUUCACAACAACUUCAAACACUUCGAAACGCUGCACGCGGAUGAUCUUACCCAUCGGAUCACGAAACGUGGCGCCAAGCACAGCAGCCACCCAUUCAACACGAUCAAAGAGGUAGAGUUCAAGGUGCUGGGACGGAACUUCCGGUUGAUUCUGCAUCCGCACAAAGAAGUCCUGCACAGCAACUUCCGCGCGUACUCCGUCGAUGGAAGUGGAACGGAAUCGAUCGUUCAUCUGGAUCAUGACAACUUUUUCAAGGGGCGGGUUUUCGGCGAAUCGGAAUCGCACGUGAACGCCCAUCUGGAGAAUGGCGUUUUGACGGCUUCGGUUGUGCUUCCGGACGAAACGUACCACAUUGAACCGUCCUGGCGGCAUUUGGAUCACCUCACCGAUAGGCACAUGAUUGCGUACAAGGCGUCGGAUAUCAAGUUCAGUUGGGAUGAUGUGGCUGCGGUGGGGGGAGAAAUGGGAGGCGUGCCGAAGACUUGUGGCUAUAUUAAGGAAGGUGCGGAAUUAGAAGGGAGUGGCGAUGAAGAAGAUGGAAUGGGGUUUAAUGAUAUGCCGUCAGUUUGGACGGCAGAGGCCGAGGGUGACGAUAAAGUAAAUAAGAAACGUACCAAGCGACAGGCCGAUCAGUAUGAGUACACCCCAACCAAGACCAGAUGUCCUUUGCUGCUGGUGGCGGACUAUCGGUUUUUCCAGGAAAUGGGAGGCAGUAACACUAAGACAACCAUCAACUAUUUGAUAAGCCUAAUUGAUCGGGUGCACAAAAUCUAUAACGACACCAUUUGGCAGGAUCGGAGCGAUCAGGAAGGAUUCAAAGGGAUGGGCUUCGUGAUCAAGAAGAUUGUGGUCCACUCGGAGCCGACAAGAGUGAGAGGUGGCGAAGCUCAUUACAAUAUGGUCCGCGAGAAGUGGGACGUACGAAACCUGUUGGAGGUUUUUUCUCGCGAAUACAGUCACAAAGACUUUUGUCUUGCCCACUUGUUCACAGAUCUUAAAUUCGAAGGCGGUAUUUUAGGUCUAGCGUAUGUCGGAUCGCCCCGACGUAACUCCGUCGGUGGUAUUUGCACUCCAGAGUACUUCAAGAAUGGCUACACUCUCUAUCUGAACUCGGGAUUGAGCAGUUCCCGCAACCACUACGGUCAGCGAGUAAUCACGCGCGAGGCGGAUCUCGUCACAGCACACGAAUUCGGGCACAACUGGGGCUCGGAACAUGAUCCGGACAUACCGGAGUGCUCGCCAAGUGCCUCCCAAGGGGGAAGCUUCUUGAUGUACACCUACUCGGUAAGCGGGUACGACGUUAACAACAAGAAAUUCUCCCCAUGCUCGUUACGGUCGAUCCGCAAAGUACUGCAAGCCAAAUCAGGACGGUGCUUCUCCGAACCGGAAGAAUCGUUCUGCGGCAACCUUCGGGUAGAAGGAGACGAACAGUGCGAUGCGGGAUUGCUGGGGACGGAAGAUAACGACGGAUGUUGUGACAAGAAUUGCAAGCUUAGACGAAGUCAGGGUGCCGUUUGCAGUGACAAGAACUCGCCAUGCUGUCAGAACUGCCAGUACAUGAUGUCAGGUGUGAAGUGUCGCGAAGCGCAAUAUGCUACGUGCGAACAGGAAGCCCGUUGCACAGGAAAUCAUGCCGACUGUCCGAAGAGUCCUGCAAUGGGGGACGGUACCAUGUGCCAAGAGCGAGGACAGUGCCGCAACGGAAAAUGUGUGCCAUACUGCGAAACGCAGGGCUUGCAAAGUUGCAUGUGCGAUACGAUGGCCGAUGCGUGCAAGCGAUGCUGCCGACAGAGCAUCAACGAGACAUGCUUCCCCGUGGAACCGCCAGAUGUGCUGCCUGACGGAACUCCCUGUAUUCAGGGUUUCUGCAACAAGGGUAUGUGCGAGAAGACGAUUCAGGAUGUGGUGGAACGCUUCUGGGACAUCAUAGAAGAAAUUAACAUUAACAAAGUGUUGCGAUUUCUGCGGGAUAAUAUUGUCAUGGCCGUUGUGAUGCUGACAGCACUCUUUUGGAUACCAGUCAGUUGCAUCAUAUCGUACUUUGACAGGAAGAAACGCAAAGAGGAUUGGAAAGAGUAUGAAUGGAGUCAGAAGUUGGAUUUGAUUCAUCCCAGCGAUCGUAGGCGAGUCAUCCACAUCAGGGUCCCAAGGCAAAAAAUCACCGUCGCACGAAUCGAAACACGUUCAGCAGAGUCCUCGUAGCGGCAAUGAUCGGCA